UUACUAAAGAGAAUGAUAACAUUUGCUGUAUUUGUUGGAAAGAAAAUGGUUGCAAUGAAAUCUGUACAAAUAAGCCAUUUGUCAAAAUGGACCAGUGGUAAUUAUGAACUUGACAAGAUUAUUCACAUGUCUCAAUUAUAUGAAAAUGCAAAGGAAUGGGAAAUUUGGAGAUGGAUAGAUUAUGGUAAAUUUAAAGAUAUCGAAUAUUUAGCUAAAGGGGGUUUUGGCAGUAUUUGGAAAGCAGGAUGUAUAGAUAUGCCUGAAGAAUUAUUUGGAUUCUAUAAUUCAAAUCAAGUUGCUUUGAAGAAACUUAG